UGGAUUGCGUUACAUGUUACGAGACUACUCCAUCGACUGAUCGCGUCCAAUCAAUGAUUGAUCUCGGGUCAUGGAGCUCUACCAUACCGUAUCGACACCUGCCAUGCGCCAAGGGAGAACAGCACAACAGAGCGGCAUGUGAUACCGGCCCAUCCCCCCAUGCGCACGCUGACAGUGGCUGAGUGGACUCGACUGGAUCUGGCCGGCUUCUUAGUCAUAUUCGCGUAGCCGGUGCAUGGCCAAGCAAUGCUCGUCUCAGAAUUGCAUCUGCAGCCCUUCACCGCUCCGUCACGACUCACUGCUUCCAGCCCAGCCCUGCGUUGCGCAUCCUGGCAUCUCCCCGCAAUGCCCCGUCUCUCCUCCUUGCCACAAGGCUGCAGCGAAGCGAGGGUGUGGGCCGUGGGACAUCUCAUCGCCCUCCGAUCUUCACAGAGACCCUUGGGACGGCGAUGUGCCCCGCAAGUGGGAUCCCGGGGGCUGCGCCUGCAGGCAGCCGCGAGCCAACAGGGUCGCAGCGGCGUCACAACAGUCAUCACAUGUGGCAGCCAUUGGUGGGAUUGCGGGUGUCGUAGCCCACGAAGCACGCGAACUCCCGCCACGUGUGUGCUUUGUCCGUCGCCACAGUCUCGUACCUAUGCGUGCAACGCGGUGCUGCUCCAGCAAUUGUAUCUGCCGUAUGUUCGGCGCGACAAAUCAGGUAAGGAUGACAGUUGAGAUGAGCUGGAGGUGGGGCGGGCGGGUUUACGGCGGGCGCCGCUAGCUGCUCUGGGCGACGCCCAGGCGGGCAGGGAAAGAGCAACUGCGUGCGAGUGCAGAAAGUCUCUCACCUUUCAAUGUUGCCCUCGACUCCACCGGAUGCUUGGCGGCGAGCAUGAUGUUUCGUUGAUCCCUCUCCUCCUGCACGCCCUCG